UGUGAGAUUUUAGCUGCAAGUUUCGGUCGCCGCACUCUCUUAUUGGCGCCGGAGUAUCUUUUCUGACAAAACCUGCAUGGUGAUCGGGAUCUCAUGUCAAUGGUUGAAAUGCCUUACUUGGUAUAUAGCUAACAGUGUGCCUACGAUGUAGUAUGAACCAGCAAUCUACGGGACAAUUCUGGGGGUAUUGAUGGUCCCACCGCGAACCAGAAAUCCAAUAAAUCACUCCAAAAGACAGUCCCCGGACAUUCCCCGAUACCCCACGAACCCCCGCACCAUCAAACAAAACCAGUGAGACCAAGGCAGCAGUUCCUGUUCACAACAUGUUCCCAACUUGCCUUAACUUCAUGAAAUCACCCCCUUCACAUCCACCAUCAUGUCCAAACGCAUCAUCAUCACCGGUGGCUCCGGCAAAGCUGGCCAAUUCAUCAUUUCCCAUCUCCUCGCCCACAACUAUGACAUUCUCAACCUGGACCUAAACCCGCUUCCCGCUCCCCUCAGCAACAGAGUCCACACCCUCAAAGUCGACCUCACCGACAACGGUCAAGUGCAUGGCGCCCUGCACUCUCAUUUCCAUCUCACCGAACCAUUUCGCGAACCCCUCCGCCAGGUCCCCGAUGCUGUGAUCCAUCUAGCCGGGUACGCAAGGAAUAUGAUCGUUCCCGAUAACGAAACCUUCCGAGGCAAUGUUCUCUCUACCUAUAAUGUGCUGGAAGCUGCGUGUCGAAUCGGGGUACCCAAGAUCAUUACUGCCAGUUCACUCUGUGCGUACGGUGUUGCUUUUGCAGAAGGGGAUGUCGAUUACCCUUCUUUCCCGGUUGAUGAGGAGGUAGAUACGAACCCGAUGGAUGUGUAUGGUCUAUCGAAAGUGGUUGGGGAACGCACAGCGCGGAGCUUUGCUCGGCGAUUUGGGACGGAUAUCUACGUCAUGCGGCUGGGAGCUAUUGUCGCGCCGGAGGAAAUGCGGAGUCGGUUUGAGGAAUAUGUGCAUUCACCGGCGAAGUAUAAGGCGCAUGGAUGGGCAUAUACGGAUGCCAGAGAUGUUGGGUUGAUGUUUGAGAGGGGCCUUGUUACAGAUGGAUUGGGGUUCCAGGUCUUUAAUGCGGUGAAUGAUGAGAUUACGAACACUGCGAGCUCGACGGGGGAGUUCUUGCAGAGGAUGUGUCCCAAUGUUCCGAUUACGAGGGAGAUGGGGGAGAAGGAGGCCCCGGUGACGAAUAGAAAGAUGAAGGAGAUGUUGGGUUUUGAGCAGAGGUACCAGUGGCAGGACGAGUAUUUCCAAAAGUGAAGGUUGGGAUAGUAGGGCGGAAUCUGGUAGUGGCUGAGUAGUUGGGCCAUAGACAUAGAUAGCUGUCUGAUAUAUGACCAUCAUAGCAGUGGCUUAGCGCGGUACACCCGGGGGUCAACAUAUCAUUGCUUCAUGUGUCUGCAUAUAUAACACCUUGGGUGAGAAAGCAAUUCAUUUCAGGUGCA